AUGAAACAUAAUGUAACCAUUCUGCCUUUCACUUUAAACAGAGAUAAACAAAAUCCAGAAGUGAAAAAGGCAAGUCCCUCCGCCACAAUGAGCUCUGAACAUGAAGAAAUUGAUGUUGCAAAAACUGUUGUCAAUGGGCUGAGCAGCAAUGGACAAGAAAAAGCUGUUGACGUCCCUUUAUGUACACGCUCUAUUUCUGCCGUUAAAAUAAUCCCUGUGAAGAAAGUGAAAAGUUCUCCUCACCUAGUGCUGCCUACAGAAACGGAUCCUACUAAAGUCUGCAGCGGAAAAGGAGCUGUGACCCUUCGGGCAUCGCCAGCCUAUGAAGAGAAUCGGAAUAUCACUUCGCCAUGUCCUCGAGAUGUUGAGCAACCUGAAAGUCUGGAGCCAGAAAACACAGAAACAGAUGAUUGGAGGUCGUCAUCUAAUACUGAUGCCAAUGGGGAUGCCCAACCAUCUUCUCUGGCUGCCAAGGGUUAUAGGAGUGUGCGUCCGAACCUUUCCUCAGACAGCAAACCACAGGACCCAGGUCCUGUGCUAAAUGAAGUGCCCCAGCCUGGCACUGGCACUGACUAUCCAAGCUCCUUUACUUCAAUCAACAAGUCUUCCUCUGCCUAUCCCUCUACCACAAUCGUCAAUCCCACUAUUGUCCUCUUGCAGCACAAUCGAGAACAGCAAAAAAGGCUUAGUAGCCUGGCAGAUUCAGUGCCAGACAGACUAGUUUCUGAUAAAGUUGAAUCAGCACUCAUAUGGGACAAGCCGGUUCAGGACACAGGUCCAAGUGAGAAGAGGGCAAUGGAGGAGAAGAGAAGCAUUGUCAAGAGCCCUCAGCACAUGGCUGAUACCUCCAUCGAUGAUAUUGGCAUUCCACUGAGGAAUACAGACAGAUCGAAGGACUGGUACAAGACGAUGUUCAAACAGAUCCACAAGCUAAAUAGAGACACUCCUGAAGAAAACCCUUAUUGCCCUACCUACAUAUUUCCUGAACUUCCUGAAAUCCAGCAAAAAACUGAAGAAGACAAUCCUUAUUCUCCUACAUACCAGUUUCCUGCGUCUACUCCUAGUCCUAUCUCUGAAGAUGAAGAUUCUGAUUCAUACUCGCCUCGUUAUUCCUAUUCUGAGGACAGCAGAACCCAGCUUUCAGUUCCCCGCUCCAAGAGUGAGAUGGACAAUAUUGAUUCAGAGAAGGUUGUUAAGAGGUCUGCCACUUUGCCACUGCCAAACCGUACUUCAUCGCUGAAAUCAAGCCCAGAAAGGACUGACUGGGAGCCUCCAGACAAGAAGGUGGACACCAGAAAAUACCGUGCAGAGCCCAGGAGCAUUUAUGACUAUCAGCCAGGAAAGUCCUCGGUUCUGAACAAUGAAAAGAUGACUCGGGAUAUAAGCCCAGAAGAGAUAGAUUUAAAGAAUGAACCUUGGUAUAAAUUCUUUUCGGAAUUGGAGUUUGGGAAACCGCCUCCAAAAAAGAUUUGGGAUUAUACUCCUGGAGAUUGCUCUAUCCUUACUAGAGAGGAUAGAAAGACUGAUCUAGAAAAAGACCUCUACCUCUACCAGACUGAGUUAGAGGCAGAUUUAGAAAAAAUGGAGAAGCUUUAUAAAGCACCACAUAAAAAGCCACAGAAGAAUACAGCAGGUGUUACUCCUCUGGAAACUUCCACAGACCAUUCUUCCUACUCCACAUACUCACCCAACUACCAUGCAGUGAAAAGGGAGUCAGAACCAGCACUGGGGGACCCUGCUGGCUUGGAGAAUGAAAGGCAAAUUUACAAGAGUGUGCUGGAAGGUGGAGAUAUCCCGUUCCAGGGGCUGAGUGGUCUCAAGCGACCUUCUAGCUCUGCUUCCACAAAAGUGGAUCGUAAAGGUGGGAAUGCUCAUAUGACUGCACCCUCUUCAGUUAAUAGCCGAACCUUUAACGCUAGUCAUACCGGUAUGUUAGGUCACGCAUGUAAACAUAAGAAGCCCUUAUCAGCUGCAAAAGCCUGCAUUACUGAAAUCCUCCCUUCUAAAUUCAAACCCAAACUAGCAGCUCCAGCUGCUCUUGUGCAGGACAAGAAGGGUAUCUUGCUGUCCCAUGAGAAAGCUCAAAGCUGCGAAAACCUUCGUAGCUCCAUUGCCUUGUUCGAUAAUAAAAAAGCUUUCAUGGUAGACAUAGGGGAAAGCAUAGAAAACAUGUUGAUGAAGUCGAAGCAGGAGUAUGCCAUCAAAUCCAGCAGUACCAUGAGCUUGCAGGAGUAUGGCACCAACUCUAGGAAAGGCUACCUGUUCCCUGCCUCCAGGAAGAGUGGGAUGGAGUUUACAAUGCUGUAUAAAAACAUGCACCAGAUCAACCGGUCCAAGAUCCAUUUGGGCACAGUCUCCUCCUGCAGCGUGAGGGAUAUUGCAUCUCAGUUUGAGAAUGAAGCGAAGGACAGGAUGGAGCACAGCCUUAGUCGAGAGGAUUCAGAGCAGAUCCCCAAACACACCGUUUCCUCCCGUAUCAGUGCCUUUGAGCAGCUGAUCCAGAGAUCCCGAUCAAUGCCCUCGCUUGACUUUUCCACUGGACAAACCAAAUUCACCACUUCUCUCCAGUCUAAAACUUGUCUGAGUUCUGCCUCCUCUGCAGAGUUUCUUCUGGAUUUGCCAAAAGCACACCAAGAAGAGAAGGAUGCUGCCAGUUUGGCAGAUAAAUCCUCCCACUCCUGCAGCAACAUGGAGGACACGGCUUCGGAUGUCAGUGAUGCCAUCCCUAUGGACACACUUUCAGCUUGCACGGAUGAGAUAGAUCUCCUCUCAAAUGCAUCCAAUGACAGCGGCAGCAGCAGCAGCAACCUCAGUGGGCCUCAGAAGCAUAAAAUCAACAGAUGCAAAGGCGCAUGCCCAGCUUCCUACACCAGGUUCACUACCAUCCGAAGGCAUGAGCAGCAGCAGGCCUCCAGGAACCCUGAUUCCAAAGGGGAUGUCUAUGGGGACAGACACGUGCUCCCCAGAAAUGUCUACCUCAUGAGCCCGCUUCCCUUCCGAUUGAAAAAGCCCUUCCAACACAAAUCCUGCAGGACUCCACCCCCAGACUGCCCGGGAAGCCCGGCAGUGCCCAGUCCUGAGAACCCAGAUGACCCCAUACAGCUGCAGGGGAACGUAGGAGACAAGAGUCACCACUCCCAGCACCAACUGUGCUCCAGAAGCAGGCCUCUAGCCCCCAGGCGCCUGUCUUCCUUUGACAUUGUGGAGAGGCUUAGCUACUUCCCCGCCAUGGGAUCUAGCCAAGAUAGCUUCAUGGGCCGGGCUGACACUCCUGACUCCUUAAACAAUGGGAACCCCGUUCCAUAUGCUCUCUGUCACAGCCUGGACACAAACAACAACCCGCAAAGUGAACUUGGGACGUACCUAGGAGAUUCAGAAUCACCAAGGCAUUUUGCACCAGUUGAUUACAUGGAAACUCCAGAAGAAAUUAUCCGCCGACGGCAUGACGAUAAAGAGAAACUUUUAGAGGACCAGAGACGGCUUAAACGUGAGCAAGAAGAAGCUGAUAUUGCAGCUAGAAGGCACACAGGGGUUAUUCCAACGCACCAUCAGUUUAUCACUAAUGAGCGAUUUGGGGACCUCCUAAAUGUAGACGAUACAGCAAAGAGGAAAUCUGGGUCAGAGAUGAGACCUGCUAGAGCCAAGUUUGACUUUAAAGCACAGACGCUAAAGGAACUUCCUCUACAAAAAGGAGAUAUUGUUUACAUUUACAAGCAGAUUGACCAGAACUGGUAUGAAGGUGAACACCAUGGCAGAGUUGGCAUCUUCCCACGAUCAUACAUAGAGCUCCUCCCGCCAGCUGAGAAAGCUCAGCCCAAAAAGCCAUCACCAUUGCAAGUAUUGGAAUAUGGAGAUGCUAUUGCUAAGUUCAACUUCAAUGGAGAUACCCAAGUGGAAAUGUCCUUCAGAAAGGGUGAAAGGAUCACGUUGAUUCGACGAGUGGAUGAGAAUUGGUAUGAAGGAAAAAUCUCUGGCACCAAUCGCCAAGGCAUCUUCCCUGUCACUUACGUGGAGGUGCUCAAACGGCCAGUGGUCAAGAAUGCCAUCGACUAUCCUGACCCACCAAUGUCCCUCUCCCCUAACCGCAGCAUGACAGCUUCACCACAGUCUCCCAGCUCUGAGCUGCUCCAUACACCAACUCCUCCGCCUUUGCCUUUUGCGCGCCGCGCCUUAUCUCCAGAGGUGCAGGCGGUCACAUCUGAGUGGAUUGCUCUGACCGUGGGAGUAUCUCCUAGCACCACUCCUGCCAUAACUCCUCCAUUGCCUCCUCCGCCUGAAGCCUCCCUCCCUCACACUGACUAUCUCUCGCCUUCUGCUGCAGCCAGCCCUUCCCCCACAGUCAGCCUCCACCAUUCUCAUCUCUCUGGCUCCUCGACUCCCAGGUCCAUUAAAUCCCCAUUGCCCUCUUACUCAUCCAGACCUCAGUCCUCUGCUCGCAGUUUCUAUCAGGCCGCUCCGCAAAGCGACGAAAAGUUUGCUGGCUCCCCUUCUCCCAGCGUGAGCUACUCUAAUUCCCCUCGCUGGGCAGUGGAGAGCCCCGAAAGCGUCCUCGCAGAGCAGCGUGACACCACUGGCAGCCAAGCCUGGCUCCAAAAGACUAGAGAGGGCAGCAGCAACACCGAGCAGGGUGCUCAUGCUGUUCCCAAGAUCUCUGUCGAGCGCUGCCUGAAACCAUCCCAACUAGACAUGCGUGCGAGCCCAGAAAAGAGACCUGUGGGUUCCUCUGAGGACAACCAGUUGUGUCAGGAGCUAAUGGCUAUUGUGCAGGGAGGUAAAACAGAGAAAAGAGGCAUGAGGAAAAGUGAUCUGGGAAAGUUUCAAAGCGGGGAAAAGAAGACUGCAGACUCAAAAGCAUUCUCUUCAUCUGCUCCUCUCUCUUCCUCUGCCCUCUCUUCCUCUACUGUCACAAAACAGCCACCUCCCAGACUUACACGCAGAGUCAAUAAGCCACAGCCUUCCCACCAUUCAUUGAGAGCUGGACCAGAUCUCACAGAGUCUGAAAAGAGCUAUGUGGAAGCUGUUUGCAAUGAGAUCAUAAACAUUGCAGAAAAGUCUGUUCAUUACUGCAGUACUAUUUCUCAGCCUCUUGACUCUCGCCACAAGGUGACCUCUAAUGACCAUAAACCAUCUCUCAUCAUUUCUCAGCAACCUCAAGCACAGCAGCAAGGAGCCAGCCCUGACAGAAGUCAAACACCACGAGACAU